AAAAAGAAAAGAGUAGUGUGAGGAGGAGGAGGCAAACAAAAGAAGGUGGUCCCAAGUUAUACAGAAAACGGCAAAGAGCAAACAGCAGGGUUGAGUAGAGAGUAGCAACCCCACCACCCUUCCCUCAACGUUGCGUAACCGUAAGCUCCAAUCCCCACCCUCUUCCAUUUCACAUGCAAAUUCAUCCCUCUUUAUUCUCAUCUCAUUUCCAUGCUCUCUUCUUAUAUAGUACCCUUCUUCCACUCCAUGUGCCUUCCUCUGACACACUCUAAUCCCACUCCUCCCAAUCCCUCCAUGUAACUCACCUUCUUCCCCAUGCUAAUGGUUUCUCUCCGAUAUCUCCAACCAUGCACAGCACCUUCUCCUCUCUCCUUCGUUGGAUUAGCAAAAAGUUGCGACGAAGGAAUUCAAUUAGCAAUGGUGACAGUGGCAGCGACAGCUUCCAGAACGGUGCUGCCACAGUUGUGGAUGACAAUCCAUUUAGCAGCGGGGUGGAGUGUUACGCCUGCACGCAAGUAGGUGUGCCGGUGUUUCACUCCACCAGCUGCGACAGUGCCUUCCACCAGUUGCAGUGGGAGGCUUCGGCUGGGUCGUCUCUGGUUCCCAUCCAGAGCCGACCCAACAAGGUCCUCGGCUUUCGGACCGUGUCCGGAUCAAGUCGGGGGCCGUUCGGGCGGGUUCUGGAUCCGAGAAGCAAGCGCGUGCAGAGGUGGAACCGCGCGCUGCUCCUGGCGCGUGGGGUGGCGCUGGCGAUAGACCCGCUGUUCUUCUACUCGCUGUCGAUAGGAAGGGAGGGGUCGCCGUGCUUGUACAUGGACGGAGGGCUGGCGGCGAUGGUGACGGUGGCGCGCACGUGCGUGGACGCCGUGCACCUCUUGCACGUGUGGCUGCAGUUCAGGCUGGCGUACGUAUCGCGGGAGUCGCUGGUGGUGGGGUGCGGGAAACUCGUGUGGGACGCGCGUGAGAUCGCGUCGCAUUACCUGCGAUCGUUGAAGGGAUUCUGGUUCGACGCAUUCGUGAUCCUCCCAGUCCCCCAGGUUGUGUUUUGGUUGUUAGUGCCAAAAUUGCUAAGAGAAGAGAAAAUUAAAAUCAUUAUGACAAUAAUGCUAUUGAUUUUUUUGUUCCAAUUUCUCCCUAAGGUUUACCAUAGCAUCUGCAUGAUGAGAAGAAUGCAAAAAGUCACAGGCUACAUCUUCGGCACCAUUUGGUGGGGUUUUGGUCUCAAUCUCAUAGCUUAUUUUAUUGCUUCUCAUGUUGCUGGAGGGUGCUGGUAUGUCCUUGCAAUUCAACGUGUUGCGUCGUGCCUCCGGCAGCAGUGUGAGAGAACUAAUGGAUGCAAUCUCUCUGUGUCAUGCUCAGAGGAGAUAUGCUACCAGUCUUUGUUACCAGCUAGCGCGAUAGGAGAUUCAUGUGGUGGAAACUCAACAGUGGUAAGAAAGCCUCUGUGCUUAGAUGUUGAAGGACCUUUCAAAUAUGGGAUCUACCAAUGGGCACUUCCUGUCAUAUCCAGCAACUCUUUGGCUGUAAAGAUUCUUUAUCCCAUUUUUUGGGGUUUGAUGACCCUCAGCACUUUCGGAAAUGAUCUUGAACCCACAAGCCACUGGCUAGAAGUGAUUUUCAGUAUAUGCAUAGUACUCAGUGGACUAUUGCUUUUCACAUUAUUGAUUGGUAACAUUCAGGUAUUCUUACAUGCAGUCAUGGCAAAGAAGAGAAAGAUGCAGCUGAGAUGUCGUGACAUGGAAUGGUGGAUGAGGAGGAGGCAGUUGCCAUCGCGAUUAAGACAGAGAGUUCGCCAUUUUGAACGUCAGAGAUGGGCAGCAAUGGGAGGAGAAGAUGAGAUGGAAAUGAUCAAAGACUUGCCAGAGGGGCUGAGGAGGGACAUCAAGCGCCAUCUUUGCCUCGAUCUCAUUAGAAAGGUUCCUCUAUUCCACAACUUGGAUGAUCUUAUUCUUGACAACAUCUGUGACAGGGUGAAACCCCUAGUCUUCUCUAAAGAUGAAAAGAUAAUCAGAGAAGGUGAUCCUGUACCAAGGAUGGUGUUCAUCGUCCGAGGGCGCAUAAAACGCAACCAAAGCCUUAGCAAAGGCAUGGUAGCCUCAAGCAUCCUUGAGCCAGGAGGGUUUUUGGGUGACGAGCUGCUUUCAUGGUGCCUUCGCAGGCCGUUUAUCGAUAGACUUCCGGCCUCCUCGGCUACAUUUGUGUGUCUUGAAUCAUCAGAAGCCUUUGGCCUUGAUGCCAAUCACUUGAGGUACAUCACUGAUCACUUCCGGUACAAAUUUGCGAACGAGAGGCUGAAGAGAACAGCAAGAUAUUAUUCAUCCAAUUGGAGAACCUGGGCUGCUGUCAACAUUCAAUUUGCUUGGAGACGUUACAGGCAGAGGACUAAAGGUCCAGUGACCCCUGUAAGGGACACUAAUGGAGGCACUGAACGCAGGCUCUUGCAAUAUGCUGCAAUGUUCAUGUCAAUAAGGCCACAUGACCACCUUGAAUGAAAACUGGUGUGUCCAUGAUUUUUCUUAUUGUUGUUGGUUAUUGAUCCUCAAUAAAAUUGUAUUUCAAAUCCAUUAGACCUGUUGAAGGUGAAAUGUAUUAAAAAAAAAAAAACAACAAAGUGAGUACGAGUAAUUGAAAAAAUUAUUGAGACCCCUUCUUUCAUUUGAUUGUAAGUUUACCAUAAUCAUUUUUCAUGGAAAUUGUGUCUUGAGCAAUCCCCAUCCUGCCGAGGGGCUGUUAGGUGCUUAAUGGAUGGACAAUCAGUUGAGAAGAAAUAGUAGAGUCAGUUACUUCACA